GUUACGUAAUAUUUGGUCUGGUUGAAACUUACGUCGUUGCUGAACCCAUUGCUCCAUCCACACAAUCCGGAUUAGAUUUUAUGCCUUACAUUCUUGGUGUAGUAAUUUUCUCAAUUAAAGCAG